AUGGUCGGCUUUGACAUGCGUGGUUUGACCCCGGCUCCGGUCACCCCCUUCACUGAAGACGGUGCAGUGGACUAUGAAGCUAUUCAACGCCUUGGCUCUUGGCUCGGUGGCAUCGAUGGAGUGAAGGGCCUUGUGGUGCUUGGUCACGCUGGCGAAGGCACCUUCCUCACCGUCGAAGAACAAGUUUCAGUCAUCAAAGCUUUCGUCAAGUCCGUUGAAAACAAGGUGCCCAUCAUCGCCGGAAUCACCGGCGAAGGCACUGAAGUUGCUGCUCUUGAGGCCAAGCGGGCCAAAGAAGCCGGCGCAGCUGCUGGCUUGCUCUACCCUUCCCACGGCUGGCUGCGCUUCGGAUAUCAGCCCGGUGCUCCCCAAGAUCGGUACCGUCGCGUGUAUGAAGUCUCCGGCCUUCCCUUGAUCCUCUUUCAGUAUCCCGACAACACAAAAGCCACCUACAAUCUGCAGACGAUGCUGGAUAUCGCUGCUCAGCCCGGCUGCUUCGCUAUGAAGAACGGCGUGCGCAACAUGCGCCGCUGGGACACAGAGAUCCCUGUCAUUCGUGCUCAACGACCUGACCUGCAAAUCCUCUCUUGCCACGAUGAAUACCUUCUCCACACUUCAUUUGACAUCGAUGGAUUUUUGGUUGGAUACGGGAACAUUGCCCCCGAGCCCCUGAUCGAACUCAUCAAGGCUGGCAAGGCUAAGGACUACAAGAAGGCGCGAGCCAUCCAUGAUCAGCUCUUGCCUGUUACUAAGAGUGUUUAUCACCGUGGAUCUCACAUGGAGGGAACCGUGGCACUCAAGCAUGCUCUCGUCGCUCGGGGAAUCCUGACUCACGCUACUGUCCGCCCACCUCUUUUGCCUCUUGAGGCUGGCGCGGAGCAGGAGAUUCAUGCUGCUAUCAGUGCCGCAUCGCUCAGUAAGGUGGUCUUGUGA